AUGGGCCAGCAUGUGACCAUGCAACGUACUGUUGUGGCUGUGACGAGUGGGAAUGGUAGGUUCCAAGCGUUGAGUGAAAAAGAAACGCUGGCGCCGGCAAGCCAGGAGAUGAGUGCGAUGGACCCAAAGGUGACUAGUGGCUCCCAGAACAAUGUGGUAGUUAAUGCUCCCAUGAAUGUCGGGACGGAGAGGACGGUGACCGUUCAUGACACAAUCAAGCGCAAGGAAGGCUUGAUGGACGUGACGAUUGCACAAAUGGAGGAAGCCGUGGUCUUUACGACCCAGAAGCCCCUUGAAGAGAAGCGACCUGCCCAAAUGAAAGCCAUGAACGCCCAAAAAGUAACCAUGGGGCAGCAGGUGAGUGGCCAGAAGAAGGGUGCUACUCUGCCGAAAUCAAAGCAGGUGGUAGAUUUGGGGGCCAAAACUAAUAAGAAGCCACCACCAUACUCCGACUGGGGAUGGGAGAGCUGGCACGCAUGGCGGGGGCUCGCCGUCUGCGGGAACUAG